CAGAUGGCGCAGAUGAGUCACGACUGUCAGCAGUAACCGCGGUCGAACAACAGAUCGCUGAAUAGAUCAUGCUGAAUCUCUCUUGUUUACUAAUAGUCUGUAUUAGAUUUUUCUCUGUUCUUGACAAAUAGCCAAACUAUUUUAAAACGUUACAGAAUAAGGAACUGUCAACUCGCUGGAUUUACAAAUAGGCAUUUUAGCAGCCCAGGAUGGCUUUGGUGCCCUAUGAUGAGAAUGUACUGCCUGCUCUGUCAAAGCUUCACCAGACUUCAGCUGAAUUUAAUCUGGCCAAUCACAGGAUCAGACUCAGCCAGGACUGGAAGCGAUUGGGUGUCGCUGCUGUGGUCUGGGACGCAGUAAGUUCAAAUACAUCUGCUCUGGGGUCUAGUCGUUACAGAUCUGGGCUGGUAAAAGAAAGGUUGCAGGCUGUUGUGCUUUGCAUGUUCCUGGAGAUGGGAAACAUGGAUCUGAAAGGAAAGAGAGCUAUUGAGCUUGGAGCUGGCACAGGUUUGGUGGGCAUUGUAGCUGCUCUUCUUGGAGCCAAUGUGACAAUUACAGACCGAGAACCUGCCUUGGAAUUUCUGACUGCCAAUGUGCGUGAAAACAUUCCUCCCAGCCAGCAGGGGGCGGUACGGGUAUCUGAACUUACCUGGGGUGAGAAUCUACAUCUGUAUCCCCCAGGCAGCUUUGAUCUGAUACUGGGAGCCGACAUUGUUUACCUGGAGGAGACGUUUCCUGCCCUCCUGCAGACUCUUGAACACCUGAGCAUCGAGAACACGGUGGUGUUGUUGUCCUGUCGGAUCCGAUACGAGCGAGAUGAACGGUUCCUGAUGGAGCUACGGCAGAGGUUCUCUGUGCAAGAGGUCCAUUAUGACUCUCAAAGGGACAUUCACAUUUACAGAGCCGUAAAGAACAAGACCAACACCGAACUGUAAGAUCUGGUAUUGAGGAACCCUUAGGUAGAGCUUCUUGUUUGUAAUUCAAAGCAUUUUAAGCUUUCUAAAACAUACUGAAGAUGAUUAAAUGACAAUAUUUAAUGGAC